AUGGCUCCCAAACGGCCGCACGACGAUGCGGACGGAGGCAGGCAGGCCAAGAAACCCAACAAGGGCUUUUCCGUGGGGCCUGCCAAUCUUCCCGACGGCACCCACAGGCGCAAAGUGCAAAAGAUCAAGAAAGGUCUCAUCCACAAAGCAAAAUUGAAGAAGGAUUACGCAAAAUUGAAAGCGCGAGACGACGCUCCCACCCAGAACCCCGCCUAUUAUGAGAACAGCGAGGAGGAGCCUGCUGCAGAGGUUCCCGAACCCAGUCUGGAGCCCCAUCCGGACCGCGUCAAGAUGCUGGAGGAAAAAUCUCCCGAACCCGAACCAGAGAACACGUCGGGACCGCGGAGAAACAGGCGACCGCGACCUCAGCCGUUCGAGAGAGAGGCAGAGCUUGGGCGGCAGAAGAGAGAGAAGGCAGCAGCUCAGCAGAAAGCGCGCGAGGAGGCGGAGAAAGAGCGCGCAAGAAAACUCGCAGAGAGGGAGCGGUUCCGUAAGACCAUGGCCAAGGCGCGGCAUGGUGGUCCCAAUGGUCAGAGGAAGCUCGGUCGCGAGAGCACUGUCCUGCUUGAAAAAGCACGACGCCUGGUCGGAAAGCCUUGA